CGACCUUGUGCCAUUCCGUCGCGCGACGCGCUACUUCGUACUCAGUGAUACUCAGUUUUCAUCGUUUCGCGAAUAAUCGCACACCUCUGGAUAUAUAUUCAGCGCCCAAAUGCCGACAUCGCCUUAUGUCUCUCGGAUUAAUCAAAUCGACGCUGUUCAACUAGAUGAGGAAAUUUAUAAAGUGCUUAGAAAUCAAGCUAAGAAAAUUAGCAAGUAUCAAUCAAUAGAAAAGAUCGACCAGUGGCAACCUGAAAUCGAUGCAAUUCUCAAAUACUUUAUAUGGAAUUACUCGCUGCGCCAUGGAAAAUCAACCUUUGGUCAGCAAUUGCUCAAUUUGCAUUACGAAAAUAUUAACAGCGCAAAAUCCGUUCUGUAUUUGAUUUCAAUGAUCGUACCUGCAUAUGUGCGAGAUAAAUUUAAAGAUAACAGUAAAAAUCGUAAUUUGAACAUCUUAUUCGAUCGUAUCGAGGAUAUCGUAAAAUUGCUCGAAUUUAUCAACUUGUUGAUCUUUCUGCAUCGAGGGACACAGCCUCGCAUUGUGGAAUAUAUUCUCGGAAUUGUAAACUCUUCUACAACAACUCACAAACCCAGAAAUAUCGGAUAUUCGUAUAUGACAAGAGAAUUACUGUGGCAUAGUUUAAUGGAAUUAUUUACUAUCGGUCUACCUAUGAUUAAUUUCCACUAUAUAAAGCACACACUGAAGAAAUUGUUUACACGGUCAAAAUCCGCCAAUUUGUUACGUACUUUUCCAACUAUGAAUUUAUCUACCAAAUGUGCCUAUUGCGCCGAUACUCCUAUUUUGCCUGUUCAUGCUGGUUGCCAGCAUAUAUUUUGUUAUUAUUGUUUGAGCGCUCAUUUUACCGCAAUGAGUGAAUUCCAAUGUUUUGAAUGUGGCACAAGACUCUACAUUGGUAAUAUGAAAAUAUACGAACCGAAUGCAUUAUCUAUUUAACUUCUUGACCCAUGUGUGUACAUACAUAUAUGUAUAUAUAUAUCUGUAUUUAUAUUACAUACAUUUGUACAAGCAUUGUGUUCCUUUUUUUUAUUAAAAAUAGCAAUACAAAA